CACAGCCCGGGCUAGGGGGACCCGGGGUGCAAGGGGGCAGGCUGGAUCAGACCGGGCAGAAGCGGGCCGGGGCUCCGAGUGUCAACGAGAGCUAGGUGACGAGGAAAUUGGCGGUGGGGGUCGGAGCUGUCUGGAGAUGCCGCAGGGGGAGGGUUCUCACGCCGCACGGGGCGGAGCCCUGGGAUUCGGGGUGGGACGAGGAACAGAGACGGGUGGGACCUCCGAGCCGGUGCUAGUGGAAGGCGGAGCCCGGCGGCUGCGGGCGGGGCUAGAAGGGUUGCGGGGCGGAGCCUGGCCCGAGAAGGAGGAGCUGGAGCAGGUGGAAGGCGGAGUCUCGGGUUUGGCGCCAGAAGGGGACGGAGCUGAGGCGCUGGGGGCCGGCCCUCAGCCGGUGAGUGGCGUGGCUACGGUUCCGGAAGAGGGGUCUAGCUCUGUCGGGGGCGGGACUGCAGGGCCAGGGGCGGAACCACGCGCACUAAAGGGCGGAGCCAAGGAGCUAAGCGAAGAGCUAAGCCCAAGUAAUGGCCCGGGGCGUCCACGCGGGGGCGGCCUCCGUGGUGGCCGGGCCUGGGGACGCGGUAGGCCGAGAACUCCUCCCGGAGAGGUGGUAUGGGUGGAGCGUGCUCGGCGGCCAGCAGACACAGGGCCGGUCUGGGUGCCCCGGAGACCCCCGAGGGCUCAGAGCUGGGGCGGCGCCCCGGGCGGAGGCACAGGGCCGGGCUGGGGGGUACCUCCAGAGGACCCAGGCUCUUCGGAGCCACCCAGCGGGGAUGUGUGGGUGCCUCGGAGCCGAUCCCCUGCAGCGGCCGCAGAGGUGUGCUGGGCCGGGGGCAGCUGGGUGUGGCGUGAAUGGGGCCGCCCAGUCGGGGCAACUGCUGCGCAGUCAGAUAGGGUCUGGACUUUGCGUAAAGGAACAGGUGGGAACUGAAGAGGGGAGGUGGGAACCGGGAGGGAGGGAAGGUCUGGGGGUGAGUAAAGGGGCGGGGCCCUGGCGGCUGUGGCCUCCCCUGACCCCCUACCCCCGCUGCUGGGGUCCUCGGCCAAGCCCCCUUCUCUCUGGACUGAGACAUGAGGCUGAGCUGGGUCCUGACAGUACUGUCCAUCUGCCUGAGUGCCCUGGCCACGGCUACGGGGGCAGAAGGCAAACGGAAGCUGCAGAUUGGGGUCAAGAAGCGGGUGGACCACUGUCCCAUCAAAUCUAGAAAAGGGGAUGUUCUGCACAUGCACUACACGGGGAAGCUGGAAGAUGGGACGGAGUUUGACAGCAGCCUGCCCCAGAACCAGCCCUUUGUCUUCUCCCUGGGCACAGGCCAGGUCAUCAAGGGCUGGGACCAGGGGCUGCUGGGGAUGUGUGAGGGGGAAAAGCGGAAGCUGGUGAUCCCAUCAGAGCUGGGGUAUGGAGAGCGGGGAGCUCCCCCAAAGAUUCCAGGUGGUGCAACGCUGGUGUUCGAGGUGGAGCUGCUCAAAAUCGAACGACGUUCAGAACUGUAGCCAGACUGGGGAGGGGCAAGGGGGGAGAGGCACCCAUCAGGGACCAGACUGUUCGAAAAACAAAAC